UAAAGCCUGGCCGCCAGAGCUGCUGCAGUCCCGGGCUCAGACAGCACCUAGCAGAGCUGCUGGUGUCUUCACAGAACAUCUCCCGAGCGCAGCCCGAGGCUGCCCAAGGUGAGGCACCAAGACAGGGACUCCCACUUGGGCACAAGUUUGAGUCUUGCCUCCUGAUCUGAUCCUCCUGGAGAAGUGUCCCCUGAGAUCCUGGGCACUGUGCAGCCUCUUUCUAUGAUUCCAUCUGGAUUUGGCUGGCAGUGGGAACAAGCCCUGAGGGGCUGCUUGGGUCUUGGGGUGGUGGCAGCAGCCAGCUCGCCAGCCACCAUGGUGAAUGCCAGGAACUGAGGGGACGAGCUCUGCAGCCUCGUUGGGGACACUCAGGACGUGAUGGAGAACAAAGCCAUGUACCUGCACACUGUGAGCGACCGCGACUCCGGCUCCAUCUUUGAGGAGCCCUUUGAUGGCAGGAGCCUGUCCAAGCUGAACCUGUGUGAGGAUGGUCCGUGCCACAAACGACGGGCUGGCGGCUGCUGCACCCAACUGGGCUCACUGUCGGCCCUGAAGCAUGCGGUUCUUGGGCUCUACCUGCUGGUCUUCCUGAUUCUUGUGGGCAUCUUCAUCUUAGCAGUGUCCAGGCCCCGGAGCUCCCCGGACGACCUGAAGGCGCUGACUCGGAACGUGAACCGGCUGAACGGCUUCCGGGAUUUGCAGCUGCGGCUGUUACAGGCGCCGUUGCAGGCGGAGCUGGGCGAGCAGGUGUGGAAGGCGCAGGACGCGCUGCAGAACCAGUCGGACUCGCUGCAGGCGCUGGCAGGCGCGGUGCAGCGGCUGGAGGGCGCGCUGUGGGGGCUGCAGGCGCAGGCGGCUCAGAGUGAGCAGGCCGUGGCCCUGCGCGACCGCACGGGCCAGCAGAGCGACGCGGCGCAGCUGGAGCUCUAUCAGCUCCAGGUAGAGAGCAACCGCAGUCAGCUGCUCUUGCGGCGCCACGCCGGCCUGCUGGACGGGCUGGCACGCCGGGUGGGCGCCCUGGGUGACGAGCUGGCCGACGUGGGCGGCGCGUUGCGCGGCCUCAACCACAGCCUGUCCUACGACGUGGCCCUGCACGGCACACGGCUGCGGGACCUGCAGGUGCUGGUGAGCAACGCCAGCGAGGACGCGCGCCGCAUGCGCCUUGUGCACCGGGGCCUGGAGCUGCAGCUCAAGCAGGAACUGGCCGUGCUCAACAGCGUCACCGAGGACCUGCGCCUCAAGGACUGGGAGCCCAUUGCGCUGCGGAACAUCUCCCUGGCCAAAGGACCACCAGGCCCCAAAGGUGAUCAGGGUGAUGAAGGGAAGGAAGGCCAGCCUGGAAUCCCUGGAUUGCCUGGACUUCGAGGUCUUCCAGGGGAGAGAGGGACCUCAGGACCGCCUGGCCCCAAGGGCGACGAGGGGAAGCUGGGAGCCACAGGACCGAUGGGCAUGCGUGGGUUCAAAGGUGACCGAGGCCCAAAAGGAGAGAAAGGAGAGAAAGGAGACAGAACAGGAGACACCAGUAUCGUGGAGGCCGUGAUGGUCCGGCUGGUGAAUGGCACGGGCCCACACCAGGGCCGCGUGGAGGUGUACCAUGACCGGCGCUGGGGCACCGUGUGUGACGAUGGCUGGGACAAGAAGGACGGGGAUGUGGUGUGCCGCAUGCUGGGCUUCCCCAGCGCCGAGGACGUGCACCGGACGGCUCACUUCGGACAAGGCACAGGGAGAAUUUGGAUGGAUGAUGUUGCCUGCAAGGGCACAGAGGAAACCAUCUUCCGCUGCAGCUUCUCCAAAUGGGGGGUGACAAACUGCGGCCACGCCGAGGAUGCUGGAGUGACAUGCAAGAGACACUGAAAGUGGGCGCAGCAGCCCAGAGUCCCGGCCCUGCCGCUGAGCCUCCUUCCUGCAUUCCUGGGGUGGGGGCAUCGCUCGGAGCUACCCUGACCAGACCUCUGCCCUCCCCACCCAGCACCCCCGUACCCCCAUAUGCCCAUCCCAGGACCUUGGGGGCCUGUUGUCCUCCUCCCCUUGGACCUCUGCUCCACAGUGUGACUCUGGGAUCUACUGCCCAUAUGUCCCUUCUACUAUGGUCCUGUGUGGAGCCCUGAUCAACUGGAUCACCAUCUUGCUUAGUCCUCUAAACACCCUGCCUCGGGCCUCCAUAUCCACGUUCCCUGUGGUUUGUGAGUUGCAGGUGAUCCUUGGAGACCAGGCGCUUUGAGGAUGCGAGGGAGGCACUGCAGAUCAUUUCCUCUUCGGAUGAUUCUCAAACCUCAGGCCAAGAGACCUCUUCUUUCCCCGCAAGAGACAGUCCUGAAUGAUUCAUUGCCCCUCUUUACUCUGCCUCUGCACAGUGUUUGUUAUUUUGGGGAGAUGAUACGGAGGCGAGGCCAGCUGUGGGAGCAAGAGGGAAAUGCAAGUCUCCUGCAGGAACCAGUCUGGAUUUGGAGAAGGGGAGUGAAAGGAACAUUUAUUGAGUGACUAUCAUAGUGUCUUGGGUGCUAAAUUCAUUGCUCACUCUGCAGCCUUCUUACCAGUCAUGUUAGCUUGGGUACCACUUGAUCUCCAGGUAGCACUCUACUGGCCCACUUCUCUGGCCUAUCAGUCAGAUCCAAAAUGACCUGGACCAUUGUUUCUACCUGAACUUCCAUGCGGCUUUGCUAGGCUCAGGCAGAAACUUGGAUGCAGGACGUUCAGGACCCAUGGGACGUGAGUUCAAGGUCAGACAUGACUGGCUUCCAGGACAAUCAACCAACACAGCAGGAAAGCCAACUUGAAGAGUGACAUGGGGGCCUCCUGGGUUAAACCAAAACCGACCCUCAGCCAUCUGGCAGUCAGAGUCAAAGCCAUGUUGCCCAUGUCCCAAAGCUGCUUGGAGGUAAUGAUAUUGAGCCUUCCAGGCUUCGUUGAGUGUCAUCCUGUGGCCAGGAUGAAUCCUACAGGAGUGGAAGGAAAUGAAGAUUCCCUACAACCUUUGGGGAAGAAGAGGCCAUAGGCCUUUGCGAGUCCUUGGUCUGCACCCCUUUUGUAGUGGUGGGGAGAUCAUAUUCUGCUUUUGACAUGAGGAGGAGGCCAGACUGGGCUAUAUGUAUGUGCUCUAGGCCUGGGGAGCUAUUUAGGGGGAGUACAGACCCACCUCCAUUGGGGGUGUCAUGAAGUCAGUCAGGCCUGGGCUACACAAUCACCUGUCCUAGCUGGUGAGCAUCACUUAGCUGGGGAAAGUGCCACCUGGGACGCUGCAGGUGUCAGACCAGCAAAGUUCCCAGCUGACAACUAGACCGAUAUGCGCUAUUGGUUGUUCCUUGCUUGCAAUAUGCUUGCUAUUCAUUAAUGUCCUAACGAUCAGAGACUCUCCUUCUGACCGAUUGCUAUGUUUACAUAACACGUACUCGUGCAUCUUUUCCCGGAGCCAAGAUAUGUAUGCAUAUAUGAACAAAGCAUUCUUUCCUACAUAGCCCAGCACAUUGCAGUGUUUGCAUUCAAACAAGAAAAUGCUAAAGGUGGAAAAAGAUCACAUUGGAUGAAAUAAAUCCCCAAGUCUGUUGUGAGGAAUCCAGUUAUCCCACCAGUGAAGGACCCACGUGACUUUCUUACUUGGUCUUUUCAUUUGAGAAAACACGAGCCUUGAUUUAUGGUAAAUAAAAACAAUGGUGAUAAGCAUUUGAACCUUAAACAUCUACGAGUUUACAUUCCUACUUAAGAGGCCAUGGAAAUAGCCGUGGACCCGUCUUUCAGGGACUAAAGGAAAUUAGGCCAGGCCUAAAAUGCAGCAGACCUUUUGUAAGAGAAAAUUUCAAUAAAGCUAAAAACAUGUCACCAA